AUGACGGAGGUCGAGGAAGAAGGCUCUCAAGGCUUCCAAUGGGAUGACUUUCCAAAGGAUGUGGUUGACCUUAUACUCUCAAAGCUGGGCAUCAAGGAGCUUGCGGUGGCUGAAUGCGUCAGCCGGGCGUUCCGCACAGCGGUCUCUGCGCCUGAGCUGUGGGCCAAUGCAGCCCUCGACAUCCACAAGAGCUCGUACAAACCAGAAGCUAAGCUGAACGAUGCCAAGCUCGUCAAGAUUCUCAACAGAGCGAGAGGGAUCCCCCGGAUGAAUAUCAGCGUGAUUGACCUGGCGGAGUGUCAUGAUCUGACAUCGGAGUCCUUGUGGGCCAUCUCAAAGAGGGUUGGUCCAGGCGCUCAGCCGCCAAAGGUUAUCAAUGUUAGGGACUGUGGAAGGCUGGAUUCCAGGGAGCUCGUCGCGUUCCUCCGUGAACUGGAAGCAAAGGUCGCAGCACCCUGGAAGAAGAAAAGGACCAAGCUGGUGUUGAUGAGCGAUAUGUACGGGAACGACGUCGACUAUCUGGAGAAGUUUGACACAGAACAAAUCAGCGAAGAGGACUCUGAGUAUGACUUCCAAUGCCAAGCUGGUUGCACAGUAUCUUUCAAUGAUGCCGAAUUCUGCUACCAAUAUUGCUGUCCUUCUGAGGAGGAGCCCGCGCUGACUUUCCGCGAUCAAAGCGACUAUGAAGACUCUGAUGACGACUACUACUGA